AUGGAAAAUACUAACAGCGACCACUAUAAUGAAAAGGAAGAUGAAUUAAGUGAAUGUGAAAAUCAUUCGGCUGGUAACGAUUGUGCUGUGCGAGAAGCAAGUCAUGUGAUAGUAUUGAUAUCGGACAGUUCGAAAACUGGCAAAUAUACUCUAACAUCGUGGUAUUUGAAGCAUGUUAACAGCACAGUUGCAAUCGAAACAACAAACAAAGACGUGAAUGAAAUAAAGGUUGUAAAAAUCAGUGCCCGAGAUGGCAAUGAAGUGCAUGAUAAUGAGCAGCUGCUGGUAACAAGUAAUACACUGAUAUCAUAUGUUGUCAAAAGUUAUCGUUUUGUUUUUGUCAUUGAUAUCAGUCCUUCUACUUUUAUUGUGGAUGGGACAGCGAGUUGUGUGCCACAUUCAAAAAUUAUCACUCGACUACGACAAUGCCUAGAAGGACUUCUUGUGGAAGGAAAUUUUCUGCCAGCGAACAAAUUCUCGCCCGAAAUAUUUAUUACAAUUUGUUUCUACAGUUCAUUUAUUGCUUUUGAUGAAGACAGAGUUAUUCUACAAGGUUGUUUACUUACAAAGAAUAACAUCGGUUCUAUUCUGCAUUAUGUUCAAGAACGGUUUUCAUUGUUCUCUAAUAGACUGUGUUGGACGAUGCAGCCUCAUUUGAGGAGAUGGAAUCAAGAACGAAAGAAGUUGCGGCAGAGAGCUGGAGAUCUUCUACCGGAAAAUUUUUUUCGCCAACAGUCCCACGCAAUGGAUGGAUUCAGGGAUUCGAUAUUGACUGCACAAAUGACUUUUCGACCUGGUCCUGCUGAUGAAGGAUUCAUUAAUUCAGAAUGGUCAUUAAUGUUCAUGCUGCGAGUUGGUCUCAUUGGUUUGCAAUUACUAUCAGACACUUCGCAACCCAACAUAGUACUGAUUACGGAUGCGGUGUGUAAUGUGACGGAUAUACACGCUUUACAAAAAUUGAUGAUUCAAUUACGAAAUUACUCUAUCGCUUGUUCAUUUAUACAGAUUCAGAAAGACUGCAAUACAGACGCUGUGUUUGGACAUUUUUCAUCACCCGGAUUUUUUACAUUCCUUGCGAGGGGGACAUCAGGUGUCUACAUACCAGACGAACAUCAAAUCACGGCGGAUGAUGUUCUUAAUCUGAUUGAAAAUCAACCAUUUUUAUGCAAAAAUCUUCAGCUGUUGGAUGCAGCAAAUGAUUAUAUCAAAGAUCUAAUUCAUCAGAUUAAUCCAGAGUUCGUUGAACCAUACACAUGUGGUGUUGUUCGUCGAGUGCAUUACAGUAUGGAAUAUGAAUCAUGUUUGGAGUAUUUCUUACGUUUACGGCUUUAUGAGGGUUUUAUAUUGCGUGAUUUGAAAGUAUUAAAGAAAGGGGAAGAUCGGUCGAUAUUGGUGGAACUUAGUCUACCCUGGAAACCACAAGUGACAAUUGGUUAUAAAAUUUAUGCUCUUUAUGAAGAUCGUGCAAAAAGAGCAAAGUUGAAAAUAACGGUGAUAUGUGAAGCACAGUACGGCGUGGUACGAGAUCUGUUAUCCGAUCGUUGUUCCAUAAAUGUAACAAAGCAGACUUUUUCUGAUGCAUAUCGGCAUACCAUUUUGGAAUUGCUUGAAAAGGAUCGUAUGUUAAUUCACGUUCAUUCAUUCAACUCCUUCCCGGAUCUUUUUCGUCUUCCGCCCGAAGUAUUAAAAGAAAAGUCGCUCUUCCGCUAUGUUAUCAAAGAAAACAAAGCCGUACUGGCAAUAAGUACCAGAGAAUUGGAAACUUUGUGCCUACAAAAUGUUACCGCGGCAAAUUUCAUCGAGUUUUGGCGGAUUAUAAGUGAAUUUGAAGAGAAACAUUGGCAAAGUUGGUCACAGGUAUACACUUUUCGUGUAAUUCUUACGCAUGAUCAUCCUUUACCUCCACGGUUAUUCCUUUUCGAAGAGCCAAAUGUAAAAGUUACAUCGCAACUUGCAUUAACUAUACUCUAUGAUAUGCUCGCGCAAAUGACAACAUUUUCACUUGUUCAUGGACAGACUUAUGUAAAGUUUGUUGAAGGUAAUGAUGGUGAUGAUAUUCCGAAAUCAUUUUAUAUUGUCAAAUUAAGUUUGGAGACUCAAUUAGCCGUAAUCAAACUAGCAUUCCUCGAUGGUCUUACGGUUGCGUUCAGAGAUGAAGUGAUCAGAGAAUUUCGGGAAAAAUUCAGUUCAUUAUCUAUUGAACAAAGUUGUUUUUUCACUAAAAUGCUCGAGUUUGCUGAUGUUGGAGACGACUGUACUACAGUUGCCGAAACAAUGCAAUUGCCGGCACUGACUAUUAUUAAUCGUCCAUUGGAAAUUAUGCUUGCACGCUACAAGAAAAUUCCGCUUACAUUAAAUCGAAUUAUACGAUUGGAAAAAACCGAUGGAACAAAUCGUGACUUGAUAUUACACAAUUCACUUGCCAAAUAUUUUUGUUGCAGACGUUAUAUUUGGUAUUUGAAGAAGGCAUUUCCGCUAUCAUCAAUUGUGAACUGCACUUACGCGGAUUAUAUUCUUCAUACUAUUCUGCAGAGACGUCUGAAUGAAGGAUUUCAUAUAGUAUAUGGCGAUAAUGGGAUAAUUAAUCUUGUCAAACAUGUCGAUGGCAUGGAACAACAACUUCACUGUGGGUCAGCUUUGCUUCAGUAUAUCAUCUUUCCACCAACAGCUAUUCGACCAAUGCGAAUUAUGAAAGAACAUUUAGGAAAAGUGUCACCUUUAUCAAAAAUCGUUAAAUUACGUGGGGCUGAAGCGAAGAAAUCAGUUCCAGGUGAGAAUUCCACAUUGAAAAGUGAUCUCGAUUUACAGUUAAUGACGGAAAUGUGGUCAGAACCGCUUGCCGUCAUUGAUCAGCAAUAUGUUACACGAAGUGGAAUUAUUCAGCAGCAAGAUUUACCGUUUCUUACUUUAAAAUGUGUACUGUACGAAUGGAAGGAACAUUACUGA